AGGAAACUUUUCAUCUAUCUUUUCUGGAAAAAAGGGCGUCAUGGCCGAAGGAGGGGCUGGUAAAGGUACAGGAGAAGAACAGGGGAAAUUGCCAGAACAGGAAGAAGAGGAGGAGAGCAUCCAGGUCCUGCACGGUGCUGGCCAUUGCAAGUGGUUCAAUGUGCGGAUGGGAUUCGGUUUCAUCUCUAUGACCAGCCGGGAGGGAAGUCCCUUGGAUAACCCGGUGGAUGUUUUUGUACACCAAAGCAAACUUUACAUGGAAGGAUUUAGAAGCCUCAAGGAAGGGGAAACAGUAGAGUUCACCUUUAAGAAAUCUUCCAAGGGUCUUGAAUCGCUACGGGUAACAGGCCCAGGAGGGAGCCCCUGCUUAGGAAGUGAGAGAAGACCCAAGGGAAAAACCGUUCAGAAAAGGAAACCAAAAGGAGAUCGAUGCUACAACUGCGGAGGCCUUGAUCAUCACGCUAAGGAAUGCAAUCUACCUCCUCAGCCAAAAAAGUGCCAUUACUGUCAAAGCAUAAUGCACAUGGUAGCUAACUGCCCACACAAAACGGUUCCACCUCAUCCAACAACUUCUCAGGGAAGAUAUGAAGGAGAACCUCAGCCUUCAACUUCAACAUUUCUGAGAGAAGGGGGAGGGGCGUUUGGUUAUUCAUCUCCAUCAUAUUCUCAAGAGGGAAGAUCAGAGCUGUCAGAACAUUCAAGCAGGUCACCACAAGAAUCUUCCUUAAGUAAGGUAUCUGCAUCGCCUGAAGAACAAAGCAGAAAGGGGCCUUCUGUUCUAAAACGAAAAAAAACUUAAGGUUUUGUCUCGAAUCCCUUAGAUUUGCCCUCUAUGGGAAGUUCUACCUCAUGCAAGUACAGGGGAAGUCAU